AAGCGGAAGCACCGGGCGGCCGCGGGGGAGCGAUGGCGGUGGCGGGUCCCUGUGCGCUGAUAACCAGCUGCGCUGCCACCUUUGCCGGGGAGGAGCUGGUUAAAAGUAUCAUUGGAACAGAAGACCCUGCUGCAGAUGUGGCUACAAGCGGAGGCGUGAGAUUUUACCCCUGGACCAUAGACAAUAAAUAUUAUUCUGCUGAUAUUCACCUGUGUGUGGUACCAAACACAUAUCUUGUGACAGCAGAAAUUGCUGAAUCUGUCCAGGCGUUCGUGGUUUACUUUGACAGCACAAUAAAAUCUGGUCUUGACAGCGUCUCUACAUGGCUUCCCUUGGCAGAAGAAUGGUUACCAGAGGUUAUGAUCUUGGUGUGUGACAGAGCAUCUGAAAAUGGUGUGAAUCGACAAAAAGCUCAAGAGUGGUGCAUCAAACACAGUUUUGAACUGGUGGAACUGAGCCCAGAGGAGCUGCCUGAUGAAGACGAUGACUUUCCAGAGUCCACAGGGGUGAAACGAAUCGUACAAGCCUUGAACGCCAAUGUCUGGUCUAAUGUAGUAAUGAAGAGUGACAGGAAUCAGGGCUUUGGCCUUCUCAGUACACUAGCAGGUGCAAACUGCAGCAUUGGGUCAGAAGACAACCAAGAUACAAAACCUCAUGCACCAGCGAUGGACAGAGCAGAAUCUCAUUUAGACAACAGAGGAGAUGUAGCUAGCACGAACAACUUGCAGAUUGACAGCAUUGUAGAUCCCAUGUUAGAUAUGGAUAUUCAAGAGCUAGCCAGUCUUACCACGGGAGAAGGAGACCUGGAGAAUUUUGAAAGACUGUUUUCAAAGCUGAAAGAAAUGAAAGACAAGGCAGCAACAUUGCCCCAUGAACAGAGAAAACUACAUGCAGAGAAGGUGGCCAAAGCAUUCUGGAUGGCAAUUGGAGGAGACCGAGAUGAGAUUGAAGGCCUCUCCUCAGAUGAAGAAAACUAAGUUCUCUGUAGCUGUUUGUAGUAGAGCUGAUGCGAUAUCCUAAAAGUAAUGCUGGACAUUUCCUACAAACAACAAACUCAUUUUUUGCUGAAGCUGCCAUUGGACUUGGUUUGCUUAAAAAUUUUAGGUGAUCCUUCUUGCUUAUCAUUGAGUAACACAUUCCAUAACACCUGAAACUGCAUUAGAUGGUGUUUGUUCUCCUGCCUGUAUUCUCUCUCUGUGUCUGGCUAUACUUUUAAGGCAGUGUGCACCAUCUUUACCAUAAGUAGCAAACCACUUUAUAUUUUCCAAAUAACCAUUUUUGUUGUUUCCUUUGAGUUUUUAAAAAACAAAAUUACCAUCAGUUGUCUUUUUUUCCAUGGGGUUGUCAAAUCAGUACUUGAAGCUGAACUCAAGCUUUGAGGCCUAGAUUGGUCUAAAGUUUUUAUGUAGCUUUAGAACUAAUUUACUGGUUUAAAGGAACCAGACAUGUGUGAGCCAUGAACAGAAAACUGCUGACUCGCACUCCAUUGAGAGAUGGUGGAGUAAGGCUACAGGAUUAGUCCUGUUAACUGAUUGCCAUCAAUGUUAAAAAUGACCUAGGGAAGGGCACAGGCCUACUGCUGGUGAAUUUUAUCCCAAAUACCUCGUAAAAGCCAUCACCUCAGCAACACUAAAUUUUCACAUGACAUGCCUUACAGCCUUAGGCACCUGUAUUUAAUCGGGAAACUAGAACGUAUUAGAACACCAACAAGUGGGAGUAUUGCUUUGUAGUGGUAUUCACUGCUAGAAAAAGUAUAGUAGAUUAACAAUGAGUGUUCUUAGCAAAGUAUUCCUCUUCCCCUCCUCCUCAUUGUAGAUGCUCAGUCUGAGUGGCUCUCUCUUCCUCCCUGGACACUAAGAAGCAAAGACUGAUGGGAGAUGCAUUUAGAGUAUGAGCAUCUCAAGCACCAUUGAAAUAAUCACUAUGAAGGUGGGGGAUGCCGGGUAAGAAGGUAAAGGAAAAGCCCGUUACCAGUUUAGUCUACUUUUCUCAUCAAACAUAACCAACCCUCAUCAGAGAGCAGAUAGGGAUUCAGUGAAAGGAGGUGGGACCUACCUUAAACAGUGGCCCAUAAAACAUUUCAUGUCAUGAUAACUUCAGCAGAAGAGAAAAGCCACUUCAGAUGAUGCAAUCAGCAGUCUUGCAACUAUUCAGCACAAGAGCCCAGGCUUCUCUAGUGCUCCUCUGGCUUGUCAUGUGCAACAACCUGUCUUCUCUAAGCACGUUCCCUUACCCCCCUGAAAAUAGUCAAUGGCAAGACAAUCUUUUUUACUUUGAAAAGAUGAAGAGCUUUUACUUUUCUGAUACUUGAGCUUCAGUGUAAAUAAAUUUUAGGGAUGCUUGAGCCUAUACUUUCAGUGAAACUCCAGAAAUGCAUCUAUAAAAGCUGAAUUUCUGGAAGCCACAUGACAAUAGGGUCUUUCGCAUCCACAGAACUUGAUCCGUUCUUUUGAAGCUGAGUUAGGAUCAAAUGAAGAUGAAACAGGGUGGCAGGAACACUCAAAGCCACAAGUCAAAACUGAAAAUUGUGAAGCCAUGAUUAAUAGCAACUAGUGCUGCUUUGAUUGUAGUUGAGGCUCGACUGUAAGGAUUUACAACCUGUGGUCCCAUAACAGCAACAUGGACCUUUUUGAAUGACGGUCUCUUUGUAUGGAGAGACCUUACACUACCCUCCUGCCUUGGUAUCCAGUCAUUUGUGUGUUUCUCCUUCGAAUGACUUUGCAGGAGCCAUGGGAAAGUCUCAGAUGUCCUCAGGCAAGAGUCUAAAGUGAAAGGCUGCUGGGAUGGAUCUGAUUCCUUAUACACAGAAGAGGGUGCGAGGAGGCACUGCUCCAUCCUCAGAACCAUCCUCCCAGUCAACAGCGUUGGAAACCAAACUGAAUGGCUUUGAGACAACUCUCCGCAACAGCUUUCUUGUUCUGUUCUUUUCCAUCUCAUCCUCCUCUGUCCUCAUCUCCAAGCAGAAAGAGCUUUGAGGAAGAGAUCAUGGAGUUGUAUUGAGUGAUAGUCUUUCAUGCCUCCUUGCUUUCUAGAAGGCAGAGACUUUACCCUUUGCUAAAUAUUUGGUCAUGUGGUAGGGAGGCACAUGGCAAAAGAGUAGAGAAGACUCAUUUAAAUACACUAAAGAGCAUAUUUUAUUUGAAUGCUCGAUAAAGCAGAUUCACAUUGUACAUCUGGCAGUAAUUUAAGAUCUUGACUGACUUUAAAAAAAAGUGCUGGCAGCUGAAGCAAUAUACACCAAUAAGAGGUAUGAACCCAAGGGAUGCAGGGAAGGAGUGCACCAAUCCACCCGGCCAUACUGCUAAAUGAGAGGGGUGAGAAGUCUUUAAAAGGCCAGCACAAGUUGAUAGGAUUGGCAGUAUUUGGUCAGGAAAGUGCCAGGACUCUAGAACAGCAGUAACUAGCCAGGAUUGUCAGCACCGUAUGGGGAAAAUGAGCACGGCCCGUGCUUCCACUAGCCCUGGUAGUCUAGCCGCUGUAACUGCUAUUCGUUUCCCCUGGUUCUACCGUUUGCCCCAAUGUGUUAGCACGUCCAAGAGUGCUUUGAAACAGCGCAGUGCUGUAAAUCCAUAUCCCAGCAGUUGCACUUUAAACAAAAAUCUAUUCACGAGUCAAACUAGCUAUUGUGGCUAGAAAAUAAGAUGGAAUUAAAUUCAGCGUUUAUUAGAUUACUGAAUGAUAUUUUUUGAGAUUAAAAACUUGCGUGGUGUGUUUUUUCCCCUGUUUUUUGGCUGCAAAAUUUCUUACCAUGAUAGUAGAGGUUUUAGAAAUAAAGACAGAAAGUGUUAGUGGAAAAGCAAAAUGAAAAGCUGCUGUAUCCUUUUGUUUAGGGUUUUCUUUAAUGUGUCAACUGUAGCAUUGUAUACAUGGGCUGAUUAAAAUGCUAUUUAAAUACAGCUGUAACAGUUUGGAAAUCAAUUUUAAUCUCAUGUUAGUUAAGUAAGGACAUGACUUGCAACAGGUGAACUUUCCUUAGCUCUUGGGAAAACUGGCAUCCUAUUGGCUCCAUGGAGCUUUCGAUCAGGCCCUUUAGUAGUCUACUUAACUGCUUAGGGUCAAGGUGUUGGCUACCAAAAAUUCCCUUUGCAAUUAAAAUUGGACAAGUGUACCUCACUCCUGCCUUAAACCCUAAUGCAGCAAGGCACUUAAACACUUGACUUUGGAGGGACUACUCACAUGUUUAAAGUUAGGCACAUGCUUAAGUACCUUGCUGAAGUGGGACCUUAAACAGUUGUGUAGUACUGCUGUAUACUGUCAAAUAGCUGCUGGAUUUUGCCCAGAAAUAGUAAAGUACUUUGGAGAUAGUGUCUUGAAGGAUCUCAAAGAAAAAUCCUAAAGCUGCAAUUAAAAUUGAAAGUCUAAGUUACUUUGCUACAAUCUUUGCAAGUAUGUUUGUAAAGGGAUGGGUUUGGGUGGUAAACAGAAAACCUUAACACUAAAAAGGAUUAAGAUGAACAUUCCAACACGUCCCCCCCCCCUUUGCAAUCAAGAAAAUUCAGGUGAAGAUUUUAGUUAGCAAACUUGGGCUUCCACAAGACACCAAUAAUUAGCUUUUAAUACGGUGUAACUGCUACUACCCCCUACAAUACAAGAAGACAUACUAUAAAGGGAUCCAUCAAUCUGCACAUUUUCUGUGUUGCUACUUCUAGUUUACCCUACUGGUCCAUGGAGGAUUGGCUGGUCAUACGAUUCUGGCUGACUUCAGCGGAGAGUGACUGAGCAGAUGGGAGUGGGGGAGGUAACAAACAAAAGUAGAGCGUGAGAUGUCACUUUUCACUGAAAGCAUAAACUGCACUCUAGAAAGCAAAUAGUACAGAAACAUUAUCUCAGUAUUGUUCUACCCUGGAUACAGCUGUUGAACGUGUUCCCAAAUUCCAGAGGCGCUAGUCCAUCCAAAUGUAAUCUCCCUAUUAAAACACAAACCACAUUACAGAAAAAUGUUGUGGAACUCCUGGAUUACCCGUUACAUUUUGUAAAAUGAAAGCCGUGGAACUAACUUUAAUCUCAUCCAUUCGCUUUAGUUUUGUGCGAUUCAAAAAUGCAAGCUUUAGUACUUCCAAAAACUUGACUUCCCUCAGUUAGAAAAAAGUUACCUUGUCAUUUAUACUGGGGAUAAAUGGAGACACUUGCAGCUCUUGACUAGCAGUCACCCGCCUGGCUUCCAUCUGAAAUUGCCCCUUGCAUUUUUAAUCCACAAUUGGGAUUUGCAGAAGUCAGUUAAAAAAGGUGAGUGUGCCUUACACAGACGGGUUCAGUUGUCAAAUACCAUUUGGCAUCUAUUCUAAACAUAACCCAGGCCUACUUAUGAGCUCAGGUUUGGCAGUAUUUGUUAUCCAGUCUUUGAAAAAAAACCCUAAAGCGAUCAUAUGCUGAUCGGCCUUUUCAGAGCAGUAUGUCUGCAUCUACUUGAAAUGCAUCUUCUGGUUUGACAAUGUUUUUACAAUUCCUAAAACGCACUUGGUAGACUUCCUAAAUGGACUGUGUUCUUUAUAUGGAACAGUUUGUACUUCCUUACAGUCCACGGAGAAUCUAAUGCUGUUCUAUAUCCCAUUCAGGUUGGAAUUCUGUGUAAUAAGCAAAUCGGUGCCUGAACUGGUCACUAGCUUAUUACAGAUGUCAAUUUAUCAGAAAAAUUAAAUUGCCAAAAUUGAUAAUGACUAAAUAGCAUUGUUGGUUAGCAAACCUCCAACCCUGAGAAACCAUGAGGUCUUCAGGACUGUGGUGUCAACAUAAUGAUUCCAGAUCAAGGUAAAAGAAAGGAUUAUUCAUUUUGCUUCAGCCCAAGGCUGAGAAUUCUCAGGGGAAAAGGUGCUACUUGCAAAGAACAACAGAGACGUGUAUUUCAAAUUAAAACUAAUUAUAGGUGGCAUUUUUGAGGCAAAAGGGAAGUUUCUUCCAAGCCUUGGGCAGUCAAUGGUAGGUUUGUGUCCUAAACCCUGAGCAUUUAUUCCUUACCCAUUCUUUCUAAAGUAACUGUAAAUGUUAUGCUGUUACAAUGGAUUAUUCUUUUUUAAAAAAUCUUACUAAGUUCUUAGCCUUGCAAAUGUGGCAGUGAAUUCUACAGGUUGGUUAAGAGCAUAGCGGGAAGGAAAUAGCCUGUUAUCAGUUUUAUUGUCUAUAGCUGUUGCCCCGCAGCUAGGGGGAAGGGAGCCGCCUUCUGGACAAUACUGCAUCCAGUUCUGGGGUCCACAAUUCAAGAAAGAUGUUGAUAAAUUGGAGAGGUUUCAGAGAAGAGCCAUGAGAAUGAUUAAAGGAUUAGAAAACAUGUCUUCUAGUGAGAGACUCAAGGAGCGCAAUCUAUUUGGCUUAAAGAGAAGGUUGAGGGGUGAUUUGAUUACCGUCUAAGUACCUAUGUGGGAACAAAUAUUUGAUUCAAUCUAGCAGAGAAAGGUAUAAUACAGUCCAGUGGCUGGAAAUUGAAGCUAGAUAAAUUCAGACUAGAAAUGAGGCAUACAUUUUUGACAGUGAGGGUAAUUAACCAUUGGGACAGUUUACCCACAGGAUUCUCCAUCACUGACAUUUUAAAAAUCAAACAUUUUUCUAGAAGAUCUGCUCUAGGAAUAUUUUGGGGCAGGUCUCUGGCCUGUGCUAUACAGGAGGUCAGAUUUGAUGAUCACAAUGGUCCCUUCUGGCCUUGGAAUCCAUGAAGAUAGUAGGAAAAAUCCAGGGUAGGGAUCCAAAACUGAUUAUUGAAUUAUGAAUAUUAAACAAAGCAACAGACCACCACAAUUUGAGAACUGUACAUCUGCUAACCAGGAAUUUUCCAUCAUCCUCUAGUAUUUGGGUAUUAAAAAAUUCUGCAUGCCAAGCUGUAAUACAGAUGCGUAAUUCUAUACUUAUGCUUAUAAGAAGAGGGGGUUUCCUGCCAGUGGGCAUCAGUCAUUUGUUAUGCAACAUUUGCUUAAAUUAAAGCCUAAGAGGAAUGACAUUUCAAACAUUUUGGAUAAUACAUUUGCAAUGUGUAAUUGCUUCACUAUAUUUUUCAUUUGUCACUGAACAUGUAUUUUGUUUAUCUCUAAUUUCAUUGGAAAUGACUAGUUUGUGAUACUGAAGUACAAGAAAAUAAAGAAUUAUAAAUUAAGGUGA